GGGACGUGCUGACUAUUCUGAGUGAAUGUGGGUUCAUUUCCUCCGUGUGUUUCAGGGAAUGGCUUCACACGGACAAGGCUGCUCCGCUGGUGGUUCCGCCCCACAUGGAGAGGAGCGUCGAGGGACGACAUCGUCGCCGACAAGGAAAACGAGUCGGGGAGUUGGAGGUGGGGAGGAAGAACGACGUGCUCAAAACUUGUGGUGCGACUACAGCAAACGUGUCUGGUAUUUGGACUGGGCGAGCCAGGACGGCUCGUGCAGGCCGCUCUUGUUCGUCGCCGUUCGCGCCGACAGAACGCGUCUCGCAUGGUCCAUCGUCCAGUGGGUCGACGAUGGCGAAUACAAUUUCAAGUUUAUGUUGAAGAAGCAUUACAGAAGUGAUGGUUCUGUCGACGGCAUCGCAAAGGGAUGCAAGGUUGCCGGGAGGAUGUUCGGCGGGUACGGCCGUCGUGCGAUGUCUUUGCCUCACUUUCUCCCGCUAGCGUCGGGGCACGACGAGGCCGUUCACGUCACAGACUUCCUCGAGGUCUGGGCGAAAUCUAGUACCUCUGUCAGUGUCGUGGACGUCGGAGCUGGAACAUCGAACAGUGGUCCUGUUGGGUUCACGGGAGGAGAGUGCUCUGAAGGGGGGAUGGGAGGUCAGGGUGACCUGCCAGCUACGCCUCCUGAUCAAGAGGUGGGCAUGUCAGACAACUCGGAGUACGACCAUCCGCUUGCUCCUUUGAAACCGGGCUUGCAUGUAUCUCGCCGCCACGGUUUGCUUGGGGAGUCGACGCCACAUGGAGGCGGCGAUGGCGAACGGUUGCGACAGGGCUCAGAAUCGACGACUCCUCGUGGUCUGGUCGAAAGGAUAGGUCGAGAGGUGCGUGGGUCAGAUGAGACAACUCGCCGGGCCCGACCAGCGCCGACGCAACUGCAGACGGAGUUGAGCCAGGAACGAGAAGCAAGAGGGAACGUCGCCGUUGAGGAGGAGGUGUCCGAGCAGGGUCUGUUCCGUGAGAGAUCGGAUGAAAAGACUCAGUCGGGAGGCAAGCUCAACUUGUCGGAUGAGGAAGAGCGAGAGGGACUAGGUGCUCUGAAAAGGCAGAGAAAGGUAGGAGGGAGUGGUCGGACUCCAACAACACAAGAGGGCGGUUCCGUUGAGAAGAGGAAAAGGGUUGAAGGUGGGGAUGAAAUGCCAAAAGACUCGUCGACACAGCAAAGAACCAGUGAGUCUUCCGGGAAACGGUUGAAAUCAUCGAGGGGGAAGAAAGCAGACGAGGGCGACAGUGGGGAGGGGGAUGACGACGUGGAGAUUAACCUCAACGCAUUUAACCUCAACAAUGCGUUCUUCCUCGAGAUGCAGAGAGGGGUGCAGAAGGACGUCGUGUUGCACAUCCAUCCCGAAAGAAUAUUAGCUAUUCCAGACUGGGAAGACGCGUACAACCACCGAUCCUUGGACGAGUUCCUCGUUGAUACCAUCGCGUCGGCUAUGAUCGACUGCUACGAACGCAAAGACAUAAGAUACACGAAGCCCAUUUUCGUUCUUGCUCCGAUCGUCGUGCCUCCAGAGAACGGCGAGCCUGCUGUGCACGUGCUGCCUGCUGACUUCGACAGCUCACACCUAGAGAAAUAUUGGUAUUAUCCUGUGUGUGGACAGCAUAACGUGAGGGCGACGAUGAUGGUGAAAGACCAUCCCGUGUUUAAUUACUACAACUUCUGUAAAUGGCCGUUCAGACCGAUCUACUUCCCUAACGACGAGUUCGACGGCUACGCCCAUGUCAGCUGCGAAGACAACAUGAAAGACAAGAAGAAUCCACCGUGCUUGCAGGUUUUGUCUAUGCGGGACAUUCGCAAUAUUUGGAAAAUUAAGGGCAAACCGAGUGUGGUGCUCGGCAAUGCCUCGAAAAAAACAGGACGAGGUGCGAAAGUGGGUGCGGUUCAUGGCGUUGGCAAUGAAGGAGACGCCGGGCUAAAGAAACACGUCUGGUACGUGAAGGUGGACGACCCGUCGUUGAAAAAGGGCAGGGGGAAGCCAAAGAAAGGCGCGGAGGAGAAAACUUUCUACGUCCAAGUUCCGGAGCCGGAUGUCCACUGCUGGAAGGAAUUGGUGGACUUGACGGACCGCGAGAAGAAAAGGCUGCUGAACGGCGUCUUGAACCUUAACGUCGUGUGGGUUCAAACGAGUAGCAAGAAGUUGGCUGAGCAGGGGAAGUUCAGUGUCAAGGAGAGGGUCGACAUAAUAAAAAUGGACCGGAUUAUGCUGAGGCUGUGGCACUACGUGGAGUUCGAGUACGAGGAAGUGGAUAAGCGGGAGUGGAAUGCCAACUCCACGUUCUUCAGGUCCAAGAAGCAACUGUUCGAAAAGAAAUUUUUCACGGACACCACAUACGUCAACAAGUGCCCUCAGUUUCUCGGGUGUCAACACGACAACAACAUCAAGAAAACGGCGACCCUCGUCAACGACCAGCAUUUCCCGGCGGAGUGGAAGCAUGUCGUCCUUUCGGUGAUCACUGGAGAUCGCGCCAAAGGCAAAAAAGGCCCUCGGGGCGUUGAUGAAUGCAUCAACAUUAUGUGGACAAGGACAAGCGCCUUGACGACGCUGGCCCAGUUUAACGUCGACCCAUUGAGUGCCCUAGAUCAUAAGGAGGCGCUGGGAAAACUAGGGCAUCAGCUACGCUCCCACACUUGCGUGCUCGACUUAUGCGGUAUUGUGGACCGUGCGCAAUGGGACUCUGGGGCAUUCGCGUCUCUGAGUGAGUUGCUGGGCUUCGUUUGUCAGGACUACUGUACAUUGGUGGUAUUCGUCCCCUGCCUGUGGAACCUCUCCUUCAUGACAUGUUUGUCUGCGCUUGGGGCUACCCGAUGCUACACGAGGAAGUGGGUUCGGAAGACGGCAUCGAAGAAGACGCAUCAGUUCGGAAACAGCGUCUGGGAGGAGCUAGAUGUGAUGCACAUCCUUUUCAAAGGCGAGGAUCCUCGGCUAGUGACUCACCCGGUGUACGAGGGAGCUGUUGCUGAAGACAACGCCGCCACUCUCCGGAGGAAACAGAAAGUGACACCCACGGAUGUGGAGGAGAAGUCUUUCAAGUCYUUGACUUUCGCGGACAUCGGAAACCUGACCCUGAGGGGGGCUCUGUACAAGGACGGCGAGCGGAAUCCGAAUCAGUUGUGCAAUCAGCUUCUUUUCUUCUGUGGUGUGGCGGAUGCCGUGCUGUUCUUGGGCAAGCCGCACRCGCAGGUGGUGUGGAGUYUGCUUCAGCAGGGAAGGCAYGUCUUGGCCGUGGAUGGGGACACAACGCAGCUCGAAUACACCGUGCAGUAUGUCACCCAUGAASUGUCGUCCAAGGCUUACCCAUGCGAUUUCCACCAUGUCGUGGUCGAGCCCGUUUAUGACCCGAACAAGGACAUGUUCUUCAAGUUGACUCCAAAGAAAAGGCGCCAGGUCUACUUCUUCCUUUACGGCGAACAACCAAGGUUGAGAUUUGACCCGCAGUACGUGGUGCGGAAGGAAGUCGCCAUUGCGGUCCUCCAGGGCUACCACGAAGCGAGUCGGGCCGGCGCCGUGAGUUUCAUUAAGAGGCUGGAAUAUGUCUUUUUUAACGAGGAUGUUGUCGAUCCGGCCGACUUCACUUUGGAUAAGUACACGCUGGCAUUUGGUGAGGAGGACGACUUCAAUAUCGAGACUGAGUCGGAGGAGAGCGUUAAGGACGACCUCUUCGAUUUGGACGGGCAAUUGGCCAUCUUCAACGCCCAAGUUUCUGAGUUGCCAUCAGUAUGCAAACCGGGGACACCUCUCGCUACACCUACCUCGGGCGGUCCCACGCCCAUGUCCUCCUUAGCGCUUGUCAAGAGGGGUGGGUUGUCCCAUCUGAGGAGUUCGCCGGGGGAGCCUAUUCGUCUCACGCCGCAGCCCGAACGUCUUCGACCCGGCCAUCCAGUUCCUCGGGACCAUCCGCAUCUCAAGGCUCCUACCACUCCCUUCCACAUGGGCGACAAACACACCUUUUCCACAGCCGAAGAUUGGGGCCAUGAUAUCGUAUGGCACCUAGACCAUUUCCAGCCAGUCCUUCUCGACAGCGAAUGGGCAGUGGCUGUGAGGGACGUAAGUGGAGGGUGGAUAUAUGACGAUCAUUGGGACCUCGAGAUAUUCGAAUCUUGCACCUACGAUGCGGUAUUGGAGAGGUUAAGUGAGGUCAAUCGACGAAGUAAGGACGACCCUGCUCUUCGCGAAUACGGGGACACGCUGUUCGAGUUAUUGCAGUCAAAUAAAUGGCUGGAAGUGUCCUCCGCGUUCUACGCUGUUCCGUCAAGCCCGUCAAUUAAGCAAGUGAGUUGGGAGUUGCCUGAGGUCACCCUGCCGGCAGGAGUUAUGAAGCGCAAGUCUCGCGGAAAGGACGGCGACAGGGAUGGUGAAGGCGGCGGGCAACGAGAUACUAGAGGUGGAAGUGAACAACGUUCAACGAAACAGCGGUCUCCGGGGCACGUAGGCGGCGGGGAGGGGAAGAAGGGCAGCCGGGAGAAGAAAAAGCCUCGCAGCGGAGAGAAGACGAAGCAUCACAAAGGAGACGCGCAGGGGUCCGAUGUCGACCGCAACGAGGACGGUGGGGUUCUGGCGGUAACAGGCAGCACCUCAAUGGAGACGGGGAACGACUUGAGGCCUGCGUGUAUUAUGCGGCCUGGUGAGCAGGACCCUGUGAUUAGCUCCACCAGCGAAACACAGUUUGUCGAUGCGGUUGGCGGGGCGGGUGUCGCAAAGCAUGGAACAUGCUUCGCUCAGCUCUAAAAACGGUUGGCGGAUUGUCUCGAAUCAAUCCGAACCUCGGAG